AUGAUUCAUGCCCUCGUAGCCAAGAACAAGUUAGGAUUCGUCGAUGGAUCCAUUCAACGUCCUUCAGAAAAAGAACAGCCAAAAGAGUACGCUCUUUGGAAUCAAUGCAACAGUAUGGUUCUGACAUGGCUUUCACACUCUGUAGAGCCCGGUCUCACCAAAGGAGUCAUUCAUGCAAAAAUUGCACACCAAGUAUGGAAGGAUUUUAAAGAUCAAUUUUCACAAAAGAAUGCACCAACAGUAUACCAGAUUCAAAAAUCCAUUGCAUCUCUUUCACAAGGCACCAUGAGAGUCCAAGUUUAUUUCUCAAAACUCAAAGACCUUUGGGAUGAGUUGGAGGCAUAUCGACCUCCCCUCACGUGUAACGAGGAAAAGACACAUCGAGAAAGAAAAGAAGAAGAUCAAAUGAUGCAAUUUCUCAUGGGCUUGAGCGACACCUUUAAUAAUGUUCGCGCCAAUAUUCUCAUGAUGACACCAUUGCCCAACAUUCGUCAAGCCUAUUCACUCGUCAUUCAAGACGAGACUCAACGACAAAUGACCUCAAGUACAACUGAAAAUUUCUCCCUCGCUGCUGCAAUCCAAAGCCGCCAAAACAAUUUUUCCAAUGAUUCCAAGCAAAAAGAAGUGUGA